UGGAGAAGCAGCAACACCGCCUGUGGAUCAGUUCAAUUUACAGCCUAGGUGUGCCAUGCUGCAAGUAUAGCAGGCUGUAUUUCACGCCCAAACGCAGGUGAAGGAAUGCCGCCCCCGUGAAAAGCUGACCCUGGAUGAUAAUAUCUUAUGUGAAUGUCAAUAUGUCUACUAAAGGACGUCUACAGGUUUGUCAACAUAGAUCCCUGAUGUUUUCAGUCUGCUGCCAGUCUGUUUAGUUAGUUAACCCAUCUCUUCCUGGAUCAGACCACCAUCACCCUGCUGCACCACACCCUGAGACCCUCCUCAGACACCUGGCCAAUCGCUGGCUCUGAACAGCGUUGCCAUGGACACUGAGUCUAUCCACUCUGGCUACUCCAGCCACUCCAACAUAUCCAACAGACAUGGCGAGCAGAGUCGGCGUGAGCGUCGUAAGCUCAGCAGUAAGGACAGUAGCCGGUCAGAGAGGUCUGUCAUCAUCAACACCCCCGACGGGCCCACUCAGGCUUUCCCCACCCACAACAGCGAGCCCCUGCUGAAAGUUCCUACCUCUGUGGCUGGAGACGAGGCGCCAAGCCUCCAGGAUGAUAACUGGGGGGAGACCACCACGGCGGUAACCGGCACCUCAGAGCUCAGUCUAUCCCAGGAGGAGGUGGUUGGUCUGUGGAAGGGACCGGAGGACGGUCAGGGGCAGGGAUGUCGGAGCUACACUCCCCUGGUUCUGGGCUUCUGUGUGGGGCUACUGGUCCUGGCCACCCCCCUGGCAUUCCUGGUCCUCCCGGCAGUGCUGUGGCCGGCUAGGCUGCAGGCCUGUGGCUCUGCCUGUGAGGGCCUCUUCCUCUCUGUGUCCUGUAAACUCCUCAUUCUUCUGCUUGCUGUUUGGGCUAUCUUCCUGCGCCAGGCCAGUGCCAGCCUGCCCAGAGUGUGUGUGUACCGUGCUCUCCUGGCCACGCUCACACUACUACUCACACUCUCCUACUGGUUGUUCUAUGGGGUCCGCAUCCUCGACUCACAGGAUGAGGACUACCAAGGUAUCGUCCAGUUUGCUGUGUCUCUGGUGGACUCUCUGCUGUUUGUCCACUACCUGGCCAUCGUACUGCUGGAGAUCAGACAUCUCCAGCCCUGCUAUAGCCUGUGUGUUAUACGCUCCACUGACGGAGAGACACGCUGCUACAACCUGGGACAGCUCAGUGUUCAGAGGGCAGCUCUGUCUCUGCUAGAGUUCUACUACAGAGACUUCCCUCUUCAUAACCCCGCCCUUCUCUCCGCCUCCAAGCACCGUGCCGCCAAGCAUCUGGCCGGCCUCAAGGUCUACAUCGUGGAUGGCCCAGGGAACCCGGCGGGGCCGGCAGAGGUGUCGGGGGGACUGCAGGUGGGGGGUAAGUCUCGGGCCAUGAUCUCUGCAGCAGCCAGGCACAGAGACACCACUCACAACGAGCUUUACUACGAAGAGGCAGACUAUGACCGACGGGUCCGCAAACGCAGAGCCAGGCUGGUGGUGGCUGUGGAGGAGGCCUUCAUGCAUGUGAGGCGGAUGCAGCAGGAGGAGCAGGAAGCGUCCCCCGGGGAUGUGAUGGACGUACGGGAGGCGGCCCUGGCCAUCUUCCCCUCCAUGGCCCGCGCCCUGCAGAAAUACCUCCGAACCACCAAGAGGCAGCACUGCCACAGCAUGAACAGCAUCCAGAGACACCUGGCCUUCUGCCUCAAACACAACAUGAGCCCCAAGGCAUUCCUGGAGGCCUACCUGUCCCCUGGUCCUACGCUGCAGUACGGUCAAGAGCGCUGGAUGGCCGGUCAGUGGACUCUGGUCAGCGAGGCUGCGGUCACCAGCGGUCUAAAGGAGGGCAUGGUCUUCUCACUUAGGUGUCUAGACUUCAGCCUAGCGGUCGCGGUCAAGUCCAUCCCCUACAUUCAAAUGACCGAGGAGUACGUCGACCCCAAGUCACACAAGUUUACCCUGUGUCUCCAAUCUGAAACAUCAGUCUAACAGACACGAAGGACCGUGGCUAUUCUAUAAUUACAGUAUCUUACCAUUUUGGUAUGUUUUUUUGUUCUGUUUCUUAAACCCUUUUUUACUUUAUGCUCUUAUUGUUGUAUUUUGAGUCUCUUCAAUUAUUUAUAUUACUGGUAUUUAUAAAGAUUAUAUUUGGCUACUUUGAGAUUUUUUAUUGUAUUGACAGUGCAUUCGGAAAGUAUUCAGACCCCUUGACUUUUUCCACAUUUUGUUAUGUUACAGCC